AGCUUGGAGUUGGAUCCACCGACAGAAAAGUUCCCACGUUCCCAUACGCUUCAACGGCUGGUUUCCCGAUCCCAUUCCCACGAUCCAGUCUGGUAACUUCGUAAAUUCUUUAAAAUUCUAGACCCUUUAUAGUCAUUCAUACCCAAUUUUCCCACUCAAAAAUUUAUCAAAAGGCCUGAACUUUCCCGCCUAAAUCCAAAACCCUCUCUCUCUAAAAGAACUGUGCUCUCAUUUCUCUCUCUUCUGCAAUAUAUUUCACACACCUCCUCAAGUUUUUCAAUUCUUUUUUCCUUUUUGAGUAGAAAAAGAUCGCAGAAUUAAAAUGCCGGACCUAGGAAAUAUCUCCAUCACUCUCACGCGCUGUUCUUCUCUCAAACCUCUCUCUCCUCCCCCUCCUCUGAAUCUUGAUGCUCAAUCUGAUUCAACAACAAUUCAUUCUCUCUGUUCUGACUCGGUGAAAACCCUAGUCAAAGACUGCAAUUGGGACCAGAACCUUCUACUUCCAAUUCCGAUCCCAACCCCGAUCCCAAUUGAGGAAAGGUGUAAUGACAGGUCAAUUAGGGUUUUGAGGAAGAAGCGUAAGAAAGGAGGAGGAGGAGCUAAUGGUAAAUGCUUGGAUGAUUACGUCAGGGUUUGGGCUCAGAAGAAGAUGGACUCUGGCGUCUCCAACUCCCGUUGCUUCCUUCCUUUCCUUGUUUCCUCUAAGAAAAUCGCUGAGUGUCUUGUUUGCCAUCGCCUUAUUUACCCCGGGGAAGAGGUGUUAUGCUCGGUCCGUAAUUGUGGAGGAGUUUUUCACUUUAUAUGUGUCAAAGAAACAUUUCACGUCUCUAACCCCAAAAAAUUUAAGUGCCCACAGCAUGCGUGCUUCGUUUGCAAACAGAAAUUUGAUUGGCGUUGUGUGCGAUGCUUAAUGGCAUCCCAUGAUAGAUGUGGCCCAUGGCCAGAUAAAGUAAUUCAUUUGAUAGACCCACCCCGACGAGCAGUGUGUUGGAGGCAUCCAACUAAUUGGCUGCUAGAUAAGAAGCAUAUGGUUCCAACAAGUGAUAUAGAGGAAGUAUUCUCGCGCUUGCCUCUACCUUAUGUUGAGGAGGAGUUCAAAAUUGACGCAACAUGGAAAGGUCUGAUGGAGAAUAAACUAGAGCCACCUCCAUAUGUGCAUAUCAGGCGCAAUGUUUAUCUAGUCAAAAAGAAGCGUGAUGAUGUUGAUAAUGAUGUUGGAUGCACAAGUUGUAGUUCUUCAUGUUGUGAGGAUUGUGUGUGCAGGGUUCAAUGCAUAAGCUGCUCAAGGGCUUGCCAUUGCUCUGAAAAUUGCACCAAUAGGCCAUUUCGCAAGGAGAAAAAGAUCAACAUUGUCAAGACUGAAUUUUGUGGUUGGGGAGUAGAGACAGUUGAACCUAUAAACAAAGGCGACUUCAUAAUCGAGUAUAUUGGAGAAGUCAUUGACGAUGCAGUCUGUGAACAAAGGCUUUGGGACAUGAAAUAUAAAGGUGUACAGAACUUUUACAUGUGUGAAAUUCGAAAAGACUUUACAAUUGAUGCAACUUUUAAGGGAAAUUCAUCUCGUUUUCUAAAUCAUAGUUGUGAUCCAAACUGCAUCCUGGAAAAGUGGCAGGUAGAGGGAGAGACACGAGUAGGUGUGUUUGCUGCUCGGUCAAUUAAAGUUGGGGAACCAUUGACAUACGAUUACAGAUUUGUGCAAUUUGGACCAGAGGUAAGGUGUCAUUGCGGAGCUCCAAACUGUCAUGGUUAUCUCGGGACCAAAAGGAAGAUUUGUAAGUUGAAUAUUUGCUGGGGUGCAAAACGCAGGAGAUCAUCAACAGCUUGCUUAGCUAUUGUAACCUAUGAUUCGUAACCGGAAUCCAUUUCUUGUCAGUCAUGUUGUACAUUUUGCUAUAACGGAAUAUGGGCGAAGUGGAAGUAGAACUAUGCAAGUCUCGCUCGAGUCACUGUCAUACCAGCAUUGAAGUGUCAACAUUCAUUAAAAAGAAACGUAAUUUUCUUGUCAUUUCCAAGUUUUGCCACAUCAAGUUUUCCUAGAAUUUCCUUCAAAAUAGGCUGUGUAACAUUGCAAUAGUGAUUGUAAUUGAUAUCCCCAAGUAGGGUGUUACCAAGUUGUAACUCUGAGAUCCUCUCUACGGGUAUUACGAUAAUUGGAAGAUUUAAAAGUUGGUUUGAGAGCCUUGAAACUCAAUUAAGUUCCCUUUGGUUGAUAAAA